CGGCUCAGGAUUUCUGUGACAGGAAGGAAAGGGUUAGAGACAGUUUACAGGGAAAGUCACUUCAGGGGGACUUCGGGGCUUAGUUUCCCGCACAGAUCAUUACAUUAGAAGGUUUGCGUGAAGUAGCCUACUUGAGGUGCCCGCGCGCAGCCAGUGCGCCCUCGGACCGCGCUGCCUGCGCGCACUGAUUUGACAGCAUUGAAAGCAGUAGAACAAGCGGCAGAAAGAGGCAGCAGUCCUGGGGGGCGUCCUGCUUGUCAGCAGAGGAACAUGUGUGAAAAGUGAAAUGUUGAUGUUGUGAGGAGAAAAAAGGCUGCGGAGCCUGAAGGAGCAGAUCCAGCCUCUGAAGAACGGAGGCUCGGUCCUGUUCCUUCCUCUCUUCACAACAUGAAGUCUGAGCACAAAUAGCAGAGGAGGAAGACGAAUCUGAAUCCAGACAGGCUUGAUCUGAACAGCAGACAUGCAGGAGGGAGAAGAUCUACCAUGAUCUGAUCCUCUGAUGGAUUCACUCCUGAUAUAUCCUGGUCACUCAUAAAGAGAACCUCAACAUCUUCACCUCUGCCAGCUCCACUUCUCCUUUCUGUAUGUUUUUGGCUUUACACAGGAUGACCGAAGUGAUAACCUCAGUGGAGCCGGGGACGGAGGACUUUGGUGGGGGAGGAGCUGGAGGAGAGCAGGACUCUAUCUUCCCAGAUGUCCAUGAGAGGAACCCAAAGCUGUCCAAGAGGCUUCCUUCAAUCGUGGUGGAGCCCACAGAUGCAGCUGAGGUGGAGAGCGGAGAGCUCCGCUGGCCGCCGGAUGAAAGCAGCUCUGCAGAAGCUCAAUCUGAGAGGCGGAGCUCAGACAAACACGCUGCAGAUGAGGAGAAGGCGGACGUCGGCGGGGAUGAAGAAGGUUUAGGGGUGGAGAUGCAGGACUCCAACUAAAGAGGAGAACCUCCUGAGAAAGGCAGUUCCUGAGCGUGAUUCCAGGCUUGGACGGCUGAUGUGAAGCCAUGGGAGGAGCACACUCGAGGAGGAGGAGAGCUGUUUUCUGAACCCCAGCACAUGGGCUUGGAGCCUGAGAAGCGCCACCACAUUCUACAUUAUUUUUUACCAAAAAACAAUCGAUCCUCAGACUUGCAAGUAGAAAAAGAUUAACUGAAAUAUUCCAGUCCAAAAGUCUCCAUGAAAACUUUGGUUGCUUGAACCAGAAAUACUUCAUCUUUAAAUGAAUGUUAAGAACAAAGAAGGCGUUUGCUGUCUCCGGCUCCAAGCCCCUGUCUGUCCAGACUCCCAUCUGAUCAUCUGAUCUGGACGGAUAUUUCUAAAUACUGUAUUUGAGUAUUUAGCUCAUGUGUGCCAACAACUACAAAUGGUAGCCCCUGUAUUUCGUCUUAGAUGUAAACAUCACUGUUAGGUGCUUACUGCUGUAGUUGAGUGAUUUGGUCUCACUUUGUACUUUGUAAUGAUACAAGUGUUGGAAGACGAACAAAGCUGUUUCUUUAUUUGAUAUUACUACAUUCUUUGAUAUAAACAUAUCUAAUUCAGUGUACGACAUGUCUUCAUGCAGUAGGGACUUAUUUAAGGAACUGUAAUUGUGUUGUUUCUCAACAGUAUCUCAGCAAUAUGUUCACCGGGGGUUCAAGUCACAAUUUUGUUACAGAAGUAAAAAGAAAGUAUAUUUUAGAUGUCAGUUUGUCAUCACAGACAUAUUUUUUAAAAUUCUGGAAACCUAAAUAAUUGCACAAUGAAUAAAUCUUCUGAAGUUCUCAA